AUGCUCGCGAAGGCCGACCAGUUGGUCUCCGAAAAGUCGGUGGGCUGGUUGCGAGAAGAGCUCGCCGAGACGCAUAAGCAGCUGGCGGCGGCGAGGGCUCAGAUCAACCAGUUGGGCACCGAGCUUCGGCACCAGUCGCUGCAGAACGGCGUGCAGGUGCAGCGCCUGGACCAAGCGCUGAAGGAGCGCAACGAGACGGAGGUCCUGCGCCGCAAGGCCGAGGCCCAGCUCCAGGUGCUCGAGGCGCGCUUGGCCGAGCCGGCGAUUGGCUCGUUUCCGAGGGAGAAGGAGAGGCCCGAGGAGAAGGAGCAGAAAGAGAAGCUGGAGGAGGUCAAGAAGGACGCUCAAGCCUUGGGCUUUCCAGUGCGGUCCCCGCAGAUGGUGAUGAGGAAGUCGAAGUUGCUGGAGGAGCAGAUCAUGAGGAAGGAGGCGGAUUGGGAGAAGCAGCCGCAAAGCCCCAACUCCCAGAUGCGGGAGAAGUUGGAGAAGGCCCGGCGGCGGGUUGAGGCCAGGGAGGAGGCGACGCCUCCCAGGUGUCCGUCGGCCGUCGGGACUCCUGGCGCAAGGCCUCGGGAACCCAAGCAUCGCUCCAGGUCCUCUUCGAGCACCUCCACUGCCAGUCUGCCGCCCCGCCACGAGGGCCGGCACGAGAAGCCGCCUUUGGUGCUUCCUGCGUUGCCCUUGCGAGAGCUUUGA